AUGUCGCUGCAACAGCAACAGCCUUUGAGUGCGUACCCAGUCAACCUGACCGAUAGCGACUGGGCAAAGAUGCUGCAAGACAACAAAGAUGCCCAGGACCUGUUAUCAAACGCCAUCGCCCAUCAUCAGGAGCACUAUCGUGUUGAUGAGGACCAAACCAAGCGCUUCAGCAACCAACUCCACCACAAGUCAGACCACUAUGGUGACUCUAAAGGUUCCAAUGGCGAGGGUCUCCAUUAUUCGGAGGGCGAUAAUAGCUCUGAUGAGGCGAACAUGCAAGCGGAUGGGAAACCUGCGCCCAAGAAGGCUGGACGCAAGCCGCUUACAACGGAACCCACCAACAAGCGAAAGGCGCAAAACCGUGCAGCUCAGAGAGCGUUCCGUGAGAGAAAGGAGAGAUAUGUGAAGUCUCUCGAGGAUAGGAUCAAGGAAUUAGAGGAGAUGGAGCCGAAAUCUGAUUCAAAGCUGGCGGAGGAAAACAUGAACCUGAAGGUACUGGUCCAGAAACUCGAGACGGAGAACUACUUUCUCAAGGAGCAAUCGUUCACGUUCGAUUUCCCGAUCAGCCAGCCUGGACUCUACAAUCUCGCGAAAUCCCAAGGAGAUACUGCUGCCGCCACAACACAAAUGGCAACAACACAAAUACAGAGUCUUCCUAGGAACCAGGAAACUGGCCAGCAGCAGCGGCUUUCGCCGUCGUCUGUCGCCGUGAGUAACCUUGGCCUUAUUCAGAAGCCAUCGUCGUCAGUGGUUUCUGGUAGAUCCAAGCUGGUGGGCAGUGAUCGUCUGCCUUGGACACCACCAUCCUCGGGUGGGGACAGUGUACCGAACUCGCCAUUAGAUCAUGACCUGCCGACGCCAGAGCAGGAUUCGAUUUCACAGGUCUCGUACUCGGAUUCUGCAGGGAUUGUACCCAGAUAUAGGAACGGCACGCCAGAGAACAUGGCGCUCUUUUCGUCACUACUGGAUAGAGUGGGCAAUACUUACAAUAACAACAAUAACAACAACAGCAUUCUGAACCAUAGCAACAUUCACAAUAACAGCAAUAUCUCCAGCAACAGCAACAGCAUUAACAGCACGACCAAUAUCAAUAACAUCAGUAGCAUCCGCAGUCCAGCGUCAACGAUUAGCGGCCAUAGUCCAGGCAGCAAUGCUGUGUUUGGAGCGACAAACAACCUGAGUUUGACGAGCAGUCCACUCGGAAACAAGAUGCAUCAUUCAAACCUGGAUAGCCCAGCAAGUACGUUGGCGUUGUUCUCGGACAAUAGCCCGUCACCGACUUUGGAGGAUAUUGUGAACACACCUCUGUUUGAGACGGACAAGGAUGGCCAUGUACACUUUACGCCCCCGGCAGCCCCGAUGUCGAUGCCAUCGUUGACCUAUGAGCAGACGCAGGCACUGUUUACGGAUUUCCGUGACCCUUCGGAUCCGAGAGACUUUUUCACAGGGUUCGAUGAUCCGGUGGAGACGUUGUUCAGCGAUCAGCUGUUGGAUUACACAGAAACGUUCGCGGGCACGGGCGCGUCGGCGACGACAUCGAUGGGAACGGCGACGGUACCAAUAGUGGCCAAGGAGGAUCCGCAGCUACCGGAUGAUGAGGACUGUAAGAAGCACACGCUGCCACCGCUGACGGAGGGCGAGAAGGCGAUUCCUUGUCCGCAGGCAUGGGAAUAUAUUGCGAAGCACCCGAACUUUGAUGAUGCGGAUAUUGAUGAGCUGUGCGCCGAAUUGAAGAAAAAGGCCAAGUGCUCGGGACAUGGCCCCGUCAUUCCGCUAUCGGAUGUGGAGCAGGUGAUGAACAAGCUGAACCAAGAGUAG